AUCUGAUCGAAAUAGUAUAUCUGAAGGUCAGAGACAGUCUGAUUAGUGCGCUUCUCAUUUCUGUCCGGUUAUUGCUAUAGUGAUGUAUUUAAGCUGUCAUGUCCAUUAAUUCUCCAGUGAGUCUAAUAAUUCUUUUAUCCCUUAUGCUUACCAUUGUUGUACUUUGUUUUGUCCUGUCUGUUGAGUGGUACGGUAAGACACGCCUAUGAGGAAUGAAGGCGAAGCAGUGUAGAAUCUGACAGGUUGACCGGUAAGUCAUUCAUGUUAAUUGACGGACUAUUCUUGUUGGCAGUGUGUGCUGUGUUGCCUGAUCGUAGACAAUCCGUCAGCAGUACAGUGGUCAGUAAGCAGCCCCCUUGGGUUUCUGUGUGCAGCGCGCCGGCCACACACGCCGCUCGCCGCCAGCCGCCCGGCGGGCGCGGUCGGGCCGCUGCCGCAGCUGCGCCGCCCACGGCUGCCUGCGACACUCCUCCACUGUUCGACGUUGCCGUCUCCUACUAUCGGAGCCUUUCGGAAGAGGAGAGAGCCAGAAGGUUGAGAGAGGCUGCUACUGAUGGGGCAGUGGAGCAGCUGCGGGCACUCCUUGCAGCAGGGGCGGAUGUUGGGGCUGGGGAUGGGGAGAUGCUGACAGCACUGCACUGUGCAGCAAGGGAGGGACAUGUGCAGGCGGUGAGUUGUCUGCUGGAUGGUGGCGCCCAGGUAGACACCAGGAGCAACUUGCAGAACACGCCUUUACACCUGGCUGCAUGGAAAGGCCGUGUGGCUGUGGUGCGGGUCCUGCUGGCCUCUUCCGCUGACCUCAAUGCCAGGAACACAUUCGGGAAGACGCCGUUGCACAGGGCGGCACUCCACGGUCGUGCAGAGGCGGCUGCUGCGCUGUUGGACGCAGGAGCUGACAGGAGUGCCAGGGAUAGCGACGGGAAAAGCCCCCUGGAACUGGCCAGGCAGAACAAUCACCAGGAGCUGAUAGAGAUGCUGAUGUAACAUUUACAGUCCUGUGAACAUAUGUUGGGAAAAGGAAUAAUAUUCACUGCAUAGCUUUCCGUUAUUUAUAAAAAAAAACUGCAAAAAAUUAAUUAUAUCAUUCACUUGUAACCAUCAUUGUGUAGUAGAUAUAACUCUUCAGCAACACUUCAACAAGCAUGACAAUGAAAGUACUUUGCAAGUAAACUUUCGUUCGAGUAAAUAGUCUGAAGAAACAUUUCUCAAGCAAUCUCUACAAAACUGAACAACAUUUGGAAAAUAUUUGCUUUGAUACUUUGAAACUUGAGAUAGCCAGGGAUUCUUCUAGCCCAUAAAAUGUUCAAAAAAUUACAGGAUUGUAGUCAGAUAAAGUCCUUGACAACCGCCAAUACUUCGAUUCUGAACACCUAACCAUUUUACAGUCACAAAUGGCGAAAUAUCGGCGAUUGUCGAAGAUGUGACACUGUUGCACGCUCAUAAGUUGAGUGAACUAAUCCUCUGCAUUAUUUGAUUACUGAAAAGUCAUGUGCUAUCUUAAACCAGUGUGAAUUACACUAUACCCAGAUCACUGGCAUAUAACCUGUGUGGUUAUAAUACAACUUCAGUCCCAACCUCAUGCUGAAUCUACUUCCCUGACUGCAGUACGGAUUGUGUAAUUGUUUGUGUGUUUAACUCCAUUAUACCAUUAGUCCAUUAUAUGGUGUGAAGAUCUGUCAUCUGCAACCACAUUUGGGGCGCACAGUUCCAAAAUCCUCCUUAUCCAUUUUUGCAAAUUUUUCAGGAAACGAAAAAAAUGUUUCUUGCUCGCCUUCAGUAAAGCAAAUGUGUUUAUUCAUGUUUAUUAUAUCUAGGUACUUACAUAUAUUGUUAUAUCUGAGUGCUGGAUAUAAUUCGUGACAUGUAAGGAAGAUAUGCCUAGUAAGGCGGUGCGGGUCUCCCGCAUCGUUCCCCUACGCUCUGUAAAGAAGCAUGGGACUUCAUUUCCAUUAAGGAAGAUAUUUACAAAUUAUGAUUGGAUAAGGCUUGUUUUCGAACUCAACAUUGGAUAAGGAGUUUGGAACUGUCAUCAUGGAUAAGGGCGGGUUUUGCAAAUGUAGCUAAAACUUAAUAAUGGUAACUUUCGUCAUUAAUUGGAAUUAUUAUUGACGUUCUUUUCGUCACAUAAGUAUUGACAUUUUUAUCGGUUGUAAACGGUAGUUUAAGUAUUUUAUGAAUAUAAUUAGUGUAAAAGAUAUAGUUAAUGCCCUUGAAACAACUGAUAUGCAGCCAUAAUUUAAGAAUAGCAUAUUUAUUUAAUGUCUAUGAAAAUAAAAAAGCAUCGAAAGAGACGCGUAUGUACGGCUGAGGAGGAAGGACGUAUUUUAUGGUACUCACACUGUUUUGUUUCGUGGUACGGAAGGCACAUUGAGCAGCUACACAUAUUUUAUGUAAGUCAUUCGUAUUGAUUGCUAAAAUAAAAUUGUUAUUAUUAUCACAAAAUGAAUUUCUUUGUAAUAGUUGUCACCUCAAAUGCUCGCAGUGGCUAAUUAUUUUGAAUAAGAAUUUUUUUCAGU